AAACAAAAAGUCCCUAGAUUCAAAUUUGACAGAUUUGUGAAUUGUGAGUAAACAAAAAAAGUGUUAGAAAAAAGAAUCGUUUUUUAAUUUUUGUGCCUUAAUUACAAACGAAAUGGCCACCAGUCACACUACUGAAAACGAACGUGCAAUGUACUAUUAUUACGACUUUACAGUGUCUGAGUUUAUGGAAGAUUUUCGUGACAUGACCAAGGAUGUCAUUGAAAAUAACAUAAAUUCUCUUGAGGAGAUUUUGAAAGACAAAUUCCCUGCCCAACAGGAGACAAUUGAGACGCAAAUAAGUGAUCUAAGAAGUCUGUUUCUUGAACGGGCUGAAGUCCCCUUAAAGCAGAUUGAAGCAACGUCACGGGAGAUUUUCGCGCUUCCAGAGAACAUUAAACUCCCCACUGAUGUGGAUAUUGAGCUUGUUGAGAGUGAAGAAGUUGAGAAAUUGGAACAGGAAGUUUCUGAGUUAAUGAAAAAGUACAAAGAGGAGGUGUGUUAUAAGAGUUAUUUGGAGAAACAGAAAAAGCGGUAUGAGCAAAUCCAACCGUUGUAUGAGAAAGUUGCUGAGAUAUUGAACUUCCAUGAGAAGAAUAAAGCAAAACCGGAGGAGAAGAGUGUUAGGGAGUUGUACGAAGCAAUGAAGAUUAUGGAGGAAGUUUACAAGAAGAAGUUUACUGGGAUUGAGGGGGAUUGUACUUGAAUAAAUGCAACGAAAUAUUUCCCCGUCUUUUAUUUGUUUAAUUACAUUCAGUCUGGGUGAUUUUUUAAUAAAACAACCGUAAAAUACAGUGAAAUGUAUAAUUUAGAAAUUUCAAAAGGAAAAUAUGAUG